AUGAUACCUGACGCUGGGGCUCGGGAUAAUCAACGCGUUGAUGCAGAUGCUGAUCGUCCAAUCUCGUUGAACAACCUCGCGGAUGCGGACUUGAGACGAGUCCAGCAAACCGGGCAGGUGAUAGACCCGGAGGAGGCCAUUUUACUUCUCCGAGAAUCUCUCAACCUCCGCCCUGCCCCACACCCCGAUCGUGCGAUGUCGCUGAGGAACCUUGCGGAUGCUAUCUUAACACAGUUCCAACAAACCAGGCGGGUGGACGACCUGGAAGAAGCUAUUUCGCUUCACCGAGAAUCUCUCAUGCUCCGCCCUGAAUCACAUCCUGAUCGUUCGGCUUCUUUGAACAACCUCGCGAACGCGGUCUUAACGCGAUUUCGGCAGACAGGACAGCUGGUAGACCUGGAGGAGGCCAUCUCGCUUCACCGAGAAUCUCUCAUGCUCCGUCCUGCAUCACAUCCCGAUCGUUCGGCUUCCUUGAACAACCUCGCGAAUGCAGUCUUGACGCGAUUUCGGCAGACAGGACAGCUGGUAGACCUGGAGGAGGCCAUCUCGCUUCACCGAGAAUCUCUCAUGCUCCGUCCUGCAUCACAUCCCGAUCGUUCGGCUUCUUUGAACAACCUCGCGAAUGCAGUCUUGACGCGAUUUCGGCAGACAGGACAGCUGGUAGACCUGGAGGAGACCAUCUCGCUUCACCGAGAAUCUCUCGUCCUCCGUCCUGCAUCACAUCCCGAUCGUUCGGCUUCCUUGAACAACCUCGCGAAUGCAGUCUUGACGCGAUUUCGGCAGACAGGACAGCUGGUAGACCUGGAGGAGGCCAUCUCGCUUCACCGAGAAUCUCUCAUGCUCCGUCCUGCAUCACAUCCCGAUCGUUCGACGUCGUUGAAUGACCUCGCAAAUGCAUUAUUAUUACAAUUCCAGCAAACCGCACAGGUGGUAGACCUGGAGGAGGCCAUCUCGCUUCACCGAGAAUCUCUCGUCCUCCGUCCUAAAUCACAUCCCGAUCGUUCGGCUUCCUUGAACAACCUCGCGAAUGCAGUGUUAACGCGAUUUCGGCAGACAGGACAGCUGGCAGACCUGGAGGAGACCAUCUCGCUUCACCGAGAAUCUCUCGUCCUCCGUCCUGAAUCACAUCCCGAUCGUUCGGCUUCCUUGAACAACCUCGCGAAUGCAGUCUUGACGCAAUUUCGGCGGACAAGACGACUGGUAGACCUGGAGGAGGCCAUUUCACUUCACCAAGAAUCUCUCAUGCUCCGUCCUACAUCACAUCCCGAUCGUUCGGCUUCCUUGAACAACCUCGCGAAUGCAGUCUUGACGCAAUUUGACCAAACGGGACAGCUGGUAGACCUGGAGGAGGCCAUCUCGCUUCACCGAGAAUCUCUCAUGCUCCGUCCUGCAUCACAUCCCGAUCGUUCGACGUCGUUGAAUGACCUCGCAAAUGCAUUAUUAUUACAAUUCCAGCAAACCGCACAGGUGGUAGACCUGGAGGAGGCCAUCUCGCUUCACCGAGAAUCUCUCGUCCUCCGUCCUAAAUCACAUCCCGAUCGUUCGGCUUCCUUGAACAACCUCGCGAAUGCAGUGUUAACGCGAUUUCGGCAGACAGGACAGCUGGUAGACCUGGAGGAGGCCAUUUCACUUCACCAAGAAUCUCUCAUGCUCCGUCCUACAUCACAUCCCGAUCGUUCGGCUUCCUUGAACAACCUCGCGAAUGCAGUCAAGACACGAUUCGAGCAGACUAGACAGAUGGUAGACCUGGAGGAGACCAUCUCGCUUCACCGAGAAUCUCUCGUUCUCCGUCCUGCCCCACAUCUCGAUCGCUCGGCCUCCUUGAGCAACCUCGCGAAUGCAGUCUUGACGCGAUUUGACCAAACGGGACAGCUGGUAGACCUGGAGGAGGCAAUCUCGUUUCACCGAGAAUCGCUCAUGCUCCAUCCUGCCCCACAUCCCGAUCGUUUGACGUCGCUGAGGAACCUCGCGAAUGCGGUCUUGAUACGAUUCCAGCAAACCGGGCAGGUGGUAGACCUGGAGGAGGCCAUUUCGCUUUAUCGGGAAGCCCUCAUGUGUUUACCUCCCUCACAUCCUGCUCACUGCCUCUAUUUGACAUUGCUUGCAUCCUCCCUCUGUGAUAAGUUUGGUUUGGGUGAUAUGUCUUCGCUGGAGGCAUCCAUGAACAUGUUUCGCACUGCAGCCAAUCACGAAACAGGAUCCGUGUUCGAUCGCUUGAAAGCUGCUCAAAUAUGGGCAAGACGUGCCGAUGGCAUGGAUCAUCCAUCUGCCUUGGAAGCAUACCAGACUGCUAUACAGUUCUUGCCUCAUGCUGUGACGCUCACUUCGGUCACAAAGUCGCCUCGUCGGCUACUAGCUGAUCACCUUAGCUAUCAACUUUAUAGCAGUGCUGCGGCUUGCGCUAUUCGUUCGGGCCAGACUGAACAGGCUGUUGAGAUGCUCGAAGAGGGAAGAUCUAUUUUUUGGUCUCAGGCGCUGCAACUUCAGACCUCCAUUGAUGGCCUUCGCCGUGACUGCCCAGAACUCGCAGAAAAACUACAGGGGAUCUCUUUAGCUCUCGAGCGGAACUCAUUUGACGAGGAGCCGGCUAAAACUGCGCGAUUUCGUCGGCUGAACGAGGACUGGCAGGCGACAUUGGAAGAAGUUCGAGCCUUGGAAGAUUUUACGGAUUUUCUGCGUCCCAAGAAGCUGGCCAUGCUAAAGCGGGUGGCAGGUCAUGGUCCCGUGGUCCUGCUCAAUGUAUCCAAGUCUUCUUGUGAUGCAUUGAUCGUUACAUUCAGGGGCGUAGAGCAUGCUCCACUCCAUCCCCAGUCAACACAGGAGCAUGUAGUACUCCUUGCUGAGUCAUUACGCAUCUCUGUGACCGACUUCCCCUCGUUCACGAUCCACCACAAACUCUCUUUCAAAACCCUCCUUGGAGCCACCCAAACUUUCGGUGAGAUUAGGCACGGGAGACGUCACGAGGUACCUCUUGAAAGUGCCGACGAUGUUCUUCGGUGUGUUCUAUCGCUGCUCUGGGAGUGGGUGGUCCAUCCCGUGGUUCGUCAUUUGAAACUUGAGAAAUCUGACUCGCCUCCGCGUGUGUGGUGGUUCCCCACUGGGCCUUUUGCUUUGCUCCCGCUUCAUGCAGCUGGCAUAUACGCAUCAGGCACGAACACGGGAGCCGUCGAGAACAUAUCAGAUUACAUGGUGUCGUCCUACAUCCCAACGCUGAAUUCUCUCCUCACUCCUCCACCUGUGCCGAAUGUGGAUCCAUUCCAGAUGCUAGUCGCCAUACAGCCCGAGACACCGGACCAGGCCCCAUUGACCCAAGCCCGCGAAGAAAUGCGUCAAAUCGAGAGACACGUGCCUGCCUCUUCUCUCAUCAAGCUAGGCUCUGUUGACUCUCCGCCGUCCACAGUAGCGGCGGUUCUCUCUCAUCUUUCUCGGUCAUCGAUCGCUCACUUCUCGUGCCGUGGAAUCCACAAACCGUCAGAUCCACUGGAGAGCGCACUUCUCUUAGAUGAUGGUCCUUUGAGCGUUUCUACAAUCAUGGCACAAUCCCUGCCACACGCAUCCUUGGCGUUUCUCAGCGCAAGUCAGACCGCGAUGGGAGGCGUGGACGCUCCUGAUGAAGCCAUGCACCUCGCAGCGGCAAUGCUGUUCUCCGGGUUCCGCGGAGUGGUAGCUACGAUGUGGCCAAUGCAUGACAUCGACGGGCCAAAGAUCGCAAAUGAGUUCUAUGCUCACCUCUUCGAAGGGCAUGAAGAUGGCUCGGCCCCCGACACUACGGAAGCUGCUCGUGCACUCCACCUCGCCGUCAGAAAGCUGCGUUCAGAGUGUAACAACAGAUCCUUCAUGCGUUGGGUGCCGUUUGUUCAUUACGGACUGUGA